ACGCGUCGUAUUAUCAUGGCGUACUUCAACCUGCCAAACCCCGAACAAACCGCCUAUUUCAGCCCACUUGCAUCUCAUGAUCCCCACGAAGGCCGGACUACGGGCCACUCGCACUAUAGCCAUGACUACACCUACAAUGCCCCCCCCACGCCCUCUUUCGCCGGGAGCCGGGAGUCCCACGAAAUGGUGCCCAGUCCCGGCGGCGGCUUCACUCCCGAUGGCUUGCAAACGAGGUACUCCUCCCUGUCGAGGGGGCUCCAGCACGGGCUGGGAAGGAACUACCGCGCUUCGAACCAGAGGUGGAGGCUGCUGGCCCAGAUUACCGCAAGGCUUAUUAUUAGUUUGGCAGCAUGUGCGGGCCUGAUCGUCGCCUUUAGAUUUUACCAUGACAAGAGGGUCCUCUCGAGGACCGAGAAGAGAGUGUUUAAUGCGAUAUAUGUUGGCCUCUCGCUGAUUUUAAGUAUGAAUAUAAUUGUUAGUUUUUCCCUGGAGAGGACGUUGGGUCCCUUUUCCGAACUGGUGGAGUGGGACUGACAUGGGUGAGCUUUUGCAUAGUCGUCGUUCAAAGCUAUGGCCGGCGUGAUGAGGUGGAAAAUCUUGGCUGGGGGGAGGUAUAGGCUUAGAGAGGUUGGCUGAUGACAUCUAGACUCUGGUGUUAUUGCUAUGCAUAUUUAACUUUAAACCUCAGGUCGACCUCAUCCUCCAUCUUUCCAGCUUCCAAAAAGUUUUAGAAUUAAUGCGUAUUUCUGUCGGACGAGCGUUCCUAUGCCUUGCUUGCUUCGCUUGGAUACUGCUAGGAAUUGUAUGCAAUGAACCACUCCCCCCCCCCCCCCCCUUACUCGCCUGUAGCUUGGACUGAUUGCCGUUAGGCGGUGCAAAUAGGAGUGGCCUUGUUGGGUCUAUCUUACAAUAUGGAGAGCGAAGGCAUCGUACUGUUGACCGAUGGCCCUGUUAACAUCACGGAUAUGUCCAAAAUUUAUCCAGCUUAUUAUGAUGAUCCCCAGCCACCAUCAUUAAGCGUGCAGGAGUCUACGGCUCAUUUAUAUGGGGAUAGUAAGAAUCUAUCCUAUCGCAAGGGGCUUUAUCCUACCGCUCAAGCUGACGGAUGUGAUUCAGUUGCGACGUAUUUUCCCUGGGGGGUACCUGGCACACCCGAUUACGACGAUGAUUAUACUUACCUAGAGCUGCUGGGGGGGGAGGAUGGAACGGAGUGGAGCUACCAUGUGGGAACCAAACUUCUUUCGAAAUUGGUUGGGUUUCGUGCUUAUUCGAGCCAUUUUGGGGCUGUAGUUCCGGGAGACCUAUUGGGUGCAGAAGUCGGAGCGAGCUGUUAUAUUAACCACAAAGACGGACCGCUCGGUGACUGUCACGCCGCAUUGCAUAUACUACCCGAUUGUAGAGGGGCAGUACGCCGGUGUGUUCGAUUCCAACGUGACAAUAGCCAUGGAGGACAGAAAUGUGACUAUUGAUUGGAUGCAGGUUCGUUCCCCCUGCCCAUUCCGUGGCUAGCAUGGGCUAACCCGCGAAUCUGGACUGAUUCAGGACUGGGGUGCCGCUGGAACGUUGGUAGUAUCUUCCUUAACUCGCUGUGCUAAGGUUGACGUCUGAUCUUUCUAGAACCUACGUAAAUCCUGAGGAAUACGGCUUCGUAAAUCUUUGUGGCCCGCGGUGCAGUCGCAUCUACAUAUUCCAGUGGGUGGAUGAAACAUGGGACCCUCCUUCCGAUACCGGCUCCUUCUUCAACUGCACCGUAACCGUCUCCCAAGUGCGGAACGCGGACCCCCUCCAGCCCUACCACAGCAUGCCUAACCUGACCGCUGAGAUGGCUGCUGGCGCCAUCGGCCUCGACGGAUAUAUUGACCAAUCUUCACGCCAGUUCGUUCGUUACACGAGCGCCUCAACCUGGGGAACCCGGAUGAGAAACUCGACUCAGCUUGCCGAACGGCUUCUGGGGAUGUAUGCUACCGGGGUCAUUGCCGCCUACGAUAUGUAUGGACCGUCGGUCGAGGCGAUGGGUUUGCAGUCGAGGCCUGGGGUCAGUUUGUCUGUGAAUUGGCUCUACGUGGUUUGUUUGCCUAGUCCCGGAAUGAAUGGGCGUUUUUCUUGGAUUCUGACGAAUUUGCCCGAGCGAUGCAGAGCUUGACUUUGGGCUGUAUUCUCGGUGCACAGGUCGCGUGCGGGUUAUUCGUCCUUUGCUCCGCGAAUUCUGUCAUCUGCAAGGAUGAUUCUUAUCUUUCUACUGCGCGACUGCUCAGACGUAUGCCUCCACCGUACGAACCCUGCAUCGUCCUCCUAGCUAAUAUGCCCUAGCACUCGUCGAGCGCCUUGGGAACUCUGGCUCCACCUCCACGGGCUUCGAGAUCUCGCAGACCUUCCCAAACUCCGUACGCUACGGCGUUCGCUCAGACCGCUCGACUGGACAGCCGGUACAUCACUUGGAUGUUGGCGAGGAUAUAGAGAAGUUGCCGAAGUUUCCGGAAGGAUAUUAUAAUUGAUUCGAAUACUUGCUUUAGUUCUCUCUUUCUCUCUCGCUUUUCUUUUUUUUUCUUAGUGCAUUCACGCCGGCGGUGUUUUGGUUGGCUUUUAUCUCCUUUCUUUCGUAUAUAUUGGGUAUUGCCGUUCAUCCCCCCCCCCCCCCCUCCCUCUUUCUGGUGAUAUGUGGUGAAAGAUUAUGGAUACGGGUUAUGAGAACUGUCAUGGGUUGUGAUUCUGGGUUGGGGCUUGGUGCGCUGUGGGGACGCACUGAAUUGUAAAAUAGUAGCUAUUAUUUUCGAGAAACCGUUUCUCCCAC